GCACCUGCGUCAGGACUGCUACACAUCUCAGAGACUGAGGGGGGAAAGGGACUCAAAUCUAACAUACAUCAUGAGAGCAGAUCAUGAAUUCUACUGUUCCAACACAGCUCCCAUCAAUCACAAGGUCCACUUUAGACAUGAGGAGAGCCCAAGUCACAUUAAAUCUGUCCUGGACGUGAGUUACGGCAAACACUGGGACGAGAUCAACAACAAGCGCACUCUUCUUCUGAGCCAGUCCUUCAAAAAUCAGUCCUCACCAAAUCACACAAGCUACACGCUGGAGUUCAAUCUUCAGGUGCCAGAAAAUAAUUUAAACUACAGGACUCAGCUUCUGCACUCUCACCUGAGGCAGAUUGGGUCUGAGAGCAGCACUCACCUUAAGGUCAACUACAACAACCUGAUGCCGUUGGUGGCUGGACUACACUGGAAAAGCCCACCCAAAGACGCCCUGCAGAAAAAAUGGGAAGGCACAUUUAACAUGGACACACCGUGGCUUUACAUCUACACCUCACAUAAACUGAGCCAGCAGCAGCUCCACACGCUGCAGCUCACAUCAGAGCUGACAGCCAGCAAGUGGCUGACCGUCCGCAGCCUCCAGCUGGAGGGUUUUUACAGGGACAGAGGCAGGGAGAAGGAGGCCCGUCUGCAGCUCUUUACACCAGCUGUCACCUACAUCCAAGUAGAAAGUUGGGGUGUAGUGGGGAAGCGGAGCACGAGAGCCUCCUGCUCCGUGAGCUCCCUUUGGACUCCUUCCUUCAGAGGAGAUGUCUCCCUGGAGGCCUCUAAACUCAGCCACACCCUGCAGAUGGUCUCCACCUACGGCAAGAACAACGUGAGCCUCACAGCCGCCCUGAACACUAUAGAUAAGAAGUUGAAAAAGAGUCAGGCACUUCUAAAGAUGACCUUCUCAAAGCCAAAGAGUCCACCCACAGAUCUGGAGUUUGAGGGGGUCGUAGAGGAGCUAAGGAGGGAUAAGAAGAUGUAUCAGAAAACAGCAAUGCUUCAUCUCAGACAGCCCCUCCAGAUCUUUCCUCAGACUCUGCUCCUGCGGGAGACCUUCACAGUAGACCUCCUCAAAGGCCUCUAUGUUCUGGAAUCAAAAGCUGGUUUCCAUGGCAACAGAGACAUCAUCCACACCCUCAGCCUCGGCUACCGACUGCCAAAGCCUUUUGUAUGUUCAGCACUCGUUCAUCCUUUCAACCCCAACAUUAUUCCUUCAGACUCAGAAAUCUGUGUGACCAUAUUCAAUAAUCAGACCAGUAAAGAUGUACAAGGAAGAUUACGGGUCGGCAGCAAGGAGAGACUGACUUUCUUUGGUCAAGUUCAGUCGAACCCUUUGCAUUUAAGACACCGCAUGAUUCAAGUUAGAGCCAACUACACCCAUCAGCUCCAGCUGCAGAUCCCCUCCUCUGCUAUAGUGGAAGGAAAUGUAUUUUGGGACCCCAAAAGCAACAAAGGCUUUAAUUAUCAGGCUGGAGGGAAACUCAGAAUUGAGCGCCAGGAGUGCAAACUUUCUGUACAGCUCAAUGGAACAUCAGGAAGGGUUAAUCUUCAUUCAUCGCUGAGUCAUCCCUUCAAAUCGAAAAUUCCUAAGACAUUAGAGGUACAGGCAGCUGCAGAUAUUUCUACAGUGGCUUGUAGAGGACUUAGCUCAAUGAAAGUGAGAGCUGAUGGGAAGGACAGGGUCAGACUGGAGGCCCUGAUGUCCCACACCCUCCAAAGGGGAAACAGAGCUGUGGAGCUGAGGGUGAACAUAUCCCAGAGCGUGCUGCCCUCUGCCUCAGACCUGCAUGUUAAUAUGGCAGCCAACAUGUCCUCAGACAGUGUGUCUAUCCAUGGCUCUUACACACAGGGGCGUGAGAGUCUACUGGCCCACAUCAAAGGGUCUCUAAAAAACACACAAGUUCUCCAGGUGGCUGUGUCAGGGGACUUGAGGCACUCCAUUACAAACCUUCAUCUUUUACCUCCAGUCUUGGGGCUGGACGGGGCGCUGGGACAGUCUGAUGCCCUCAUUGAAGGACAGCUGAGAGUUAGAGUGAUGGAGACCUUGUACAGUGUUGCAUUAAAACAUCAGCAGGAUACUGAAGACAGAGCGGAGAAGGAUGGACUGACAGAAAAUAAACUGCAUGUUUCCCAUGACUGGUUGUGUGUUUGGUUUGGGGAGGAGCAUUUGUGUUUAAAUGUUAGCCACCAGCUUGAAGGUCCAGGGACGGGUGAGGUCCACACAACCCUAAAUCACUCCUUGCACCUGCUCAGUGCUGCAGGUGUACCUGCCAACAGUAGUGCCAAGGGGCAAUGGGUCAAAGCUGAGGGUCAGCUGUCUGUACUGGCAGAGCUGCAGGCUGGACCUGAACAUCUCAAAGCUGAGUUUAACGGAGGCAAGACAGACCAGGUUAUCUCACGAUGGGAGUGCUUCUCCAGGCUGCAGCAUCAAGUCAAAGCCCUGCUAAAAAGAGGCGUGUCUAGCUCCAUGCAAGCCAGAGCACAUUACCAGCUAGAGACAGAUGGGGUGGACACAGGCUUGAUCCUUCACAUGGAAAACAAGAGAACAGCUGAUGUUCUUUUUAAUAUUGGAGCCAAAAAAGGCACAGUGGCACUGGCAGUGUCUCUAUGGCAACAGAUAACUCUGUUCCAGGGACUAAUGCCAAACUCUUUACAGAUGAACUGCACAGGGGACGCAACUGCAGACCGACUCUCGGCCCAGUGCUAUGGAAAUGUGGCUGGUGGCCCUGUGGAGACUCUUCUGCCAUCGCAGUCUUCAGCCAACUUCUCCAUCACUCGUUCUGGAUGCUCCACAAAUCUCAGCACUGUCCUCCGUGCUGAAGGAGAACAGAAAGGCAGCCUAAGUCUGAAUUUAACUUGUCACCCAUACCUCAGUCUGAAAUCAUCUGUUCAGCACUCCAUAGAGACAUUACAGCUGCUGGGAUUACCCUCACAUGGAGGAUUAACCCUGGAUGUUUCAACCACACAUCGGCCCGGUCUGGAGGUUGGUGUGGAGCUUGGAGGUUGUGAUUUCAGGGGUCAUUUUGGGGGAAGCAGAAUCUCACAGACCGAAGAGGAGGAGCAGACUUCCUACACUUUGAAUGUGACCCACUACUGUCCAGCUCUACAGAGAACGGUCCUCCCAGUGUCCCUUUCUCUUCAGGGCCUCCUCUCAGUCUCUUCCUGCCAGCUCUCCCUGACCUCCUCUCUGAAGGCAGAUGACCAGGACCUCUCCCUACAGCUGAGCCAGUCCUGCAGGCUUCCUCACCUCUCUGGGACCCUCACACACUCCCUUUUCACACUGAGGAGCCACGGUGUCCCCCAGAUUAUCAGUAUAGAGGCCUCUGCUCCUGGGGGGCUUGAACAGGCCGGGGUCUUGUUCAUUAAAGCUGGAACAUGUUAUAUCAGAGCUGAUAGAGUCGCAGAGGCUAAAGGAAGAGUGCAGUGGCUCUGGGCUCUGGAGUCAACAUGUCCUAUGUUUCAGGCUCAUCUGAAUGGCUCAGUGUGGCAAGACCCUCAGAGGACCUGGACUGCCACUGUGGAUGCUGAUAUGGAGGGGAAAAGGGGUUUCCUAAGGCUGAAUGCAAGGGGCUGGCAAGACCUGAGUGUGGAGGGGGAGCUUAGUCACAACCCUCCUGCUGCCAGAAAUGUCCCGCAGCUUAGCAAGCUGAGAGUCAGCUGCAGGGUUGGAAAACAAGGAUAUGACAGUGAAGCCUUCAUUCAGAUGGACGAGUGUGCUGUGGGAGUCAGUGGAGGUGUGAUGUCGCAGGCUGGCCUGCAGGGGUCGCUGCUGUAUUACAACAACUGCACAGUGAUUAAGGAGUGGGGGAGUCCUGACAGGGUGGAGUCGAGCAGUUUGUUGGUUGUCUCCCCGGCUGUUACUGAAACUCAGGUCUCUGUGGCAGUAGAUGACAAAGAAUUACAGGCCUCCAUGGCUCUUAAGAAAACAAAGGAUAAAAAUGAAGCGUUGCUGAAUCUAGAUCACUCUGUGCCCCUGUUGAAGAGGAUUGGACUCCCCAUUAGUGCUGUACUAACAAUGAACUCUGAGAGUCAUGGAAAUGGCUCCUAUUCUUACCUUUUGCACUGCAGUGCAGGACAACAGAAGGUAACUCAAGAGACGACAGUAUUAAAGACGUCUGAAACAAUCAGAGUGAAGAGUCAUUUCAAACACACAGUGAAGUAUCUGAAGAAACUAGGAGUCCCUGCCAACAACAGCGUCCAGGUAGAGUUUGGCUCUGUUGAGGGGAAAGCCCUUACCUUACAGUCUCAGUUUGGAGGUCAGCAGGCAGGAAUACGACUGAAGAUGAAAUGUCUCCCGAUGGCCAAAGAGAUAAGAGGAACCAUGUGGCACAGCUGGCCAUGGCUGCAGGACAAAGGACUUCCACUAAGUAUAGAGGGCCUGUGUUCGGUUCAGGGGCUCUCCUCUCGUCUUCAGUCCCGGGCUCAGCUCUCUCUGGAUGGACAUGAGCUGCUGGUCUCUGGUCUCAAUGUCAGUGUGUCUGGCGGACGACUUGACCUGCUGUUCUCCUUCGCCACACCAUCUUCUAAUCAGACAGAAACACAGCACAGGCUGGACUCUGCUCUGACUGUUCAGUUCAAAGGGCCGCUACGUAGUGCCUCUCUCAACAUUCACAGAAAUGACUGGAGGGUUGUAUGGUUGGGGAUGUAGGAGGUUGGGGGGCUCACGGAGGGUCCAGGGAAGCCAGAGUCACACUGAGACACACCGUGCAUGGAGAAUAUAGUCCUACCUUACAGGUGGAGGCCUGGGCAGGCUGACCGAGUCACAGCUCAGGUGCUCUGUUGCUGUAAACCCUGAACGCAGCUCCUCACUGGCACUCAUCAUCCAGGGUCACCGUCUGACUCAUAGUAAGGACCUGAUGGUGAAGAUGGUCCAGAGUGUUCCCAUGAUUCUGGUUUACCUGCCAUCUCAACUGAAUGUACGCUCUCAGCUGAACCAGUCUGAGUCCAGUGUGGCAGGUUUGAUGGAGGUGUUGUCAGGCAGAAGGAGGGCUGUGGGCUCUGGGUGAACUGGCAGCGAUAGAGAGCGGAUACAGACAGAAUAUUGAGCUCAAACACUCAUUCCCACA